AUGCAGUUAGAGAAGAAAGAAGACAGGACAGUCACAUGUCCUUACGCCGAAGGUCACUCUCACACAGUACCUGUUUGCGACAUGCCAUUACACUUGGCUAAAUGUCGUCGUUUAUACUACAAAAGAUAUGGUGUUAAGACAGAACUGAAAAGAUGUAAAUAUAACGGUUGCCAUUAUGUUCUUGCUCCGGAAGUGAUGCUGCACGAACUGACCUGCCAUAGUAGAACGCUGUAUCAGGAAUGCAAACGGAAGAUGACAUAUCCUCCUGUGCCACUUAAACUAGCAGUGAGGCCAAGCCAGUCAGUGGCCAUUGAGACAUCGAAUUUCGUUGGUGAGAAAGUGCGGUUUGAGCGCCGAUACAUUUACAUGGCGGAGAUAUUUAGUUGUAAUGUGGCAGAUGUAUUGCAACGAAUGACCACUGUGUGUCGUGUGAAGAUGGAUGCAGUAGUGGUGAGUGAUACGAUGUAA